CCGAAGCCUAUCAAACCACGAAACAUCAUAGUACAGGUCACUCUACGAGUUGACUGUCUGUCAAAACCCUCGUCCCUCAUCAUGAGCGCAUCAAACGAGCCCUUCUACGUUCGCUACUACGCUGGACAUUCUGGGCGGUUUGGACAUGAAUUUUUAGAAUUCGACUUCCGCGCCCUCGGCGACGGCCGCAGCGCCUCGGCGCGAUAUGCCAACAACUCGAACUACCGGAAUGAUUCCCUGAUCCGCAAAGAGAUGUGUGUCAGUUCCCUGGUGAUUGCCGAAAUAAAGCGCAUCAUCAAGGAGAGUGAAAUUAUGAAGGAGGACGAUGCCAAAUGGCCCCAGAAAAACAAAGACGGACGACAAGAGCUCGAGAUUCGGAUGGGAAACGAGCAUAUUUCAUUUGAGACCGCGAAAAUCGGAUCGCUUGUCGAUGUGACUGAAUCGGCCGACCCUGAAGGGCUGCGCGUCUUUUACUACCUCGUUCAGGAUCUCAAAGCGCUGGUGUUUUCAUUAAUUUCUUUGCACUUCAAGAUCAAGCCAAUCUAAGCUCUUGGAACGGAAUUUUUAUCGAUGGCAGGAGUUGACGGAAUUGCCUCUUAUUUUAACUUUUCUUUUAUUCCUUUUCCUCUGAUAAAUUGAAAUUCUUUGUGGGUUUACAGUGUCCUGAGCGGAUUUAAAAAGUUAAUCAUGGAUUUCAUUCGAAGUAUAUCGGAGCUUGAAAACACAGAAUUGUCAUUGCGAGUGGAAAUAAAAACAGCCAAAAUGGUCCUAGAAUCUCUCAUGCUUUUGCGAUGGAAGUCUUUAUGACACCGUUGAGAUUGAACUUGGUAUAAUUUUGAACAGCAGACUAAGGAGGGUUCUAUCAAAUUCCCUUUUUCCUAUACUAUUAGCAGCAACUGUUGGAUCUAUAUGUCAUAGAGUCCGUGCGUC